GCGCAGCCUCAUUGUCUGCCUGUAGAAUUAAGAGUAUAGCUGGUUGUCGCGCGUCAUUGUCUGGGGCACAGCUCAGACACGUCGAAGCGAAGGGUGAUUUCUGCUUCCGCCGCCGCCAUGGCAUGGUAGGUGCGGCAGUGCAAGCGGCGGCAUCGGCCAUUGCAGAGGCGCAGCAGCAGCGGCCGCGGCCUCGGCAUCUCCAGGCAUCUGCAACCAUGGCGUUUUUCAAGCCAUCAGACAGCAGCUUUGCUGUAUUCGACAAAGACUAUUUGUCCACACUUUUUGACGACAAAGUACUAAAAUCUGACCAAAAUGAGCUUCUCAAACACAGAGAUGUUGUUGGGGGAUUUUCUGUCCCCCUUCAACCAGCCGUGUUUGGUGGCUGAGGAGGGCCUGGGCCUCCUAGAUGACUACCUGGAGGUGGCCAAGAACCUCAGUUCGCAUGGGUUCUCCAGCGACAAGGCUAAAGUGGGCUCCUCCGAAUGGCUGGCUGUGGAUAGUUUGGACAAUGCCACCACAGACAACAGCCAGGAGGAUGCCUUCUCUGGCAUGGAUUGGAUGGUGGAGAAGAUGGAUUUGAAGGAAUUUGACUUCGAUGCACUGUUGGGUAUCGAUGAUCUGGAAGCCACCGUCUCCCCAGAUGAGCUCAUGGCCACGUUGGAGGACACGUGUGAUCUAUUUGACCCUCCUGUCCAAGAAAUCCCCAACAAAGAAAUUCCACUGAUAACAGAAUUAAUUAUUCAUUCUCCUAAGUCUCCCUCUGGGGCAGACCAGGUGGCCCCCUUGUUACCAUUUCCCCUCACUCCAGAGUCAGUGAUUUCCACUACAGACCAUUCUUUCAGUUUAGAAUUAGGCAGUGAAGUAGAUGUUCUUGAAGGAGACAAGAAAACUGAAGCCCAUAUCUUAGUAGUGGUGAUUCCAAAGUGUGAAAAAGAGGAUGAAGCUCACUCAGACAAUGAUAGUGGAAUAUGCAUGAGUCCAGAAUCUUACCUGGGGUCUCCCCAGCAAAGCCCCACCACUUCUGUUAAUUCCCCCAGUGAUGGCCAAUCAGUCACAGUCCUGCAUGAUAGCCCUGUGAGGUCCAAACCUUAUGAACAUCCUACAGAUAAGGUAGUGUCAGUAAAGAUGAAAGGAGAAAAGAGAGUAGAUAAGAAGCUGAAGAAGAUGGAGCAAAACAAGACUGCAGCUACACGCUAUCGACAGAAGAAAAGGUUGGAACAGGAGGCCUUAUCGGGGGAAUGUAGAGAACUAGAGCAGAAAAAUGAAACACUGAGGGAAAAGGCAGAUUCCCUGAGCAAAGAAAUUCAGUAUUUGAAAGAUCUAAUUGAAGAGGUCCGGAAGGCCAAGGGUAAAAAAGUUAAAGUCCCAGAAUAGGGUAGUCAAGGGUGUAUGUUACAUGUAUGUAUAUAAGAGCUUAGUACAAUGAGCUGUGUAUUGUUGCUUAAUAAAUUAUUUUCUAGUACA